AACACAAAGACCAUUGUUUGUCGUUAUGAGGUCACGGUAAUAUUGAAAAACUUGAAUCCAAAUUUGGAGUUCCAUAAUUGGAUUAUGAAAUGUGAUGAGCGUAGACACAAUCAUGAGCCCGCCGAAUAUGCAGAGGGACAUCGACAAAUGAGUUGUCUUAGUGUUGGAGCAAAAAAAAACUUAUUUGAUCGAUGGUUCUUUCUCAAACUAAGGCGCAAAACAUAUUGUUGGCUGUUGAACAAUCAAUUCCAUAGGACAACUGUCACGUCAGAAAAACUUACAACUAUAAGGCAAAGCUCCAAAGGGCCUCAUUUGGGAAAAGGAAUCGUGGUUUACUCUCCGCCGGCGGUGGAUGCGGCACAGCCUCUCCGAGCGACACCGAUUACGGCCGUUCGCGUGACUCGGCCGUCGGCGGCGGCGGCUGACCCGUUUGGGGAGAUGCCCUCACGAAUCCCGGUAGUCCAUAUGGUUGACCUCGGCUCCAGCCAAUCCGACGACGGAGAUAAGGCUGUCCCGGGCGGCGCGACUUCUUACAACGACUCGGACGUCGACCCCGGCCUGGUCGAGGAGACCCUCCGGGGUGAUAUCAGCGGGCGUGAACGGGUUCCAAUGGGACUGGGCGACGCCGAGACCGAUGCCGCCGUUGAGGCUGCGACUUCGGCCCCUCCAGGGAGUUGGCGUC